CGUUGACAAGAGUACCUGAACGCAGCACAGUUAUAGUUUUCUAACAAGUGGAAGCUGUAGGUUUAACCGCAGCAGCAACAAUCACAGGACAAUUCUGCCUUAUAUAAACAGUGACGCUUUUUUUUACCUGUGGAUUAUGUUAAACUAUCACAUUUACCGGUGCUGUUGUUGUUAGUAUGACGAAUAAAACAAAGCCAAAGUUUUGGAAAAGGCUCAGAUCCCAGACCACGUCAACGUCUCUGUCGUUGCAGCCACAGGAGUCUCUGUCUGAGCACAAAGGAACCGAGAAAGACCUAAAAUAUCAGGCUCUCUCACAAAAUGGACACAGAUGUCUGCCCUGCUGAUCAGCCUGCCUCUGCAUCCUCAGACGCCCAGUGGUCUGACUCUGUCCCUGUUCAUGAAGCCUCUGGGGUUGAGGUCAUCAGACAGACUGCAGUAGCUCCUGCAGGUUCAGAGGUGGAGGACCUGGAUUCCUACAACCUGAUCGAGCCUCCUCCAUUGGACUGGAGGUCUGACUCCUCCAGCGAGGCAGGAUCUGCGGAUGACCUGGAUGACCCCAGCUUCCCUCCUUCUAUUGACAGCUUGGACAAAGCCAGUCCAGGUGAGCCAGUAUUACUGCCUUUGGAUGUGAGUGACACAGUGGCUCAAUUCAACAUAAACCAGCAGGAGCUGGUGCAAAAUAAUUCAGAGCCAGUCCAGAGUACUGAGGCAGAAGCUGUUGUGGAAAGUCAGGAGGAGGUAACGUUUAAGAACUUGGAAAAUAUAGUUACUGAAGAGGAAGUUGCUAACAGAAGAUCAGGCGAUGAAGACCACAGCCGCAUCCACACCCUGCUCAGCCAGCUCCAGCUGAUGGGUGAAGAGCCUCAUCCCAGUCGUCGGACACCGCCUCACCAUCGCUACUCCAGCCUGUCUGAGCGAGAGGCCUGCGCUCCCUCUCUUUUAACAGAUGACAGCACCGAAACCACUGGGUUGCUGUUCUCUGAAAACCACCAGAGAGACCUGCUGGGGCUGCUGCAGUGCACAGAGAUCGGUGUGACACCCCACCCCUCCUGUCUGCCCCACAGAGGGGAGGUGGACGCUGUUGUGUCAGUUUCCUAUAGUCAGGAGGACGCUCAGAGGUUCUGGGGGCACUAUGGGAACGGUCAGUAUCGACGGCACAGGGAUGACUCCCUUGCCUCCCUGCCUGAUGAAGAGUAUCCUGAACCAGUAUGGAUGAAGCUGGGCGAGGAGCCUCCGGAGGAAGAAACUGCUGCAGAGGGUGAGCAGAGUGCUGAUGACAGUCCUUCAUAUAAAGAUGUGCCUGGUCCUUGUGACCCUGAAGACCUGCUGGAUGGGGUAAUAUUUGGAGCCAAGUAUCUGGGCUCCACUCAGAUCAAAUCAGAGAGGAACCCCUCUACAAAUGCUCGUAUGGCUCAGGCUCAGGAGGCUGUGGACCGAAUAAAGGCUCCAGAGGGUGAGUCUCAGCCAAUGACAGAGGUGGAUUUGUUCAUCUCCACGCAGCGAAUCAAAGUGCUCACUGCUGACACACAGGAAGCCAUGAUGGACCAUGCUCUGCAGAUGAUCUCCUACAUUGCAGACAUUGGUGACAUCGUGGUCCUGAUGGCACGAAGGAAACGUAAAGGGCAGGACAGCGACCCACCCUCAAACUCUUCCUCUCCAUCAUCCUCCUCGGGGCCUCAGAAGAAGUGCUUGAUGAUCUGCCAUGUCUUCUCCUCUGAGGAUGCUCAGAUCAUCGCCCAGGCUAUUGGUCAGGCGUUCGGAGUGGCCUAUCAACAGUUCCUGCAAGCCAGUGGCAUCAAAGCCAGUGACCUCAGGCCUGGCGAGUACAGCGACUACCUGGAAAGUCAGGAGCUCUACAACGGAGACUUGGCCCACUUCUCCGACUCUCAGAACCUCAGAGAUGUCGCCAUCACAAAGGCUUCUGGAGAGAUCUUGGGGCUGGCGGUGGUGGAGUCAGGUUGGGGCUCCAUCCUGCCCACUGUGGUGGUGGCCAACCUCCUUCAUGGAGGUCCAGCAGAGCGCUGCGGCGAGCUCAGCAUCGGUGACUGCAUCAUGUCCGUCAACGGCACCAGCCUGGUGGGUCUGCCCAUCACCACCUGCCAGAACAUCAUCCGGGACCUGAAAAGCCAAAAGUAUGUGAAGCUCAGCAUCGUCCACUGUCCUCCGGUCACCAUGGCGAUUAUCAGGAGGCCAGAUCCCAAGUAUCAGCUGGGCUUCAGUGUGGAGGACGGCAUUAUCUGCAGUCUGAUGCGGGGCGGUAUAGCAGAGAGAGGAGGCAUCCGUGUUGGGCACCGCAUCAUUGAAAUCAAUGGGCAGAGCGUCGUUGCCACGUCGCACGAAAAGAUCAUCCAGACCCUGACGAAUGCAGUCGGAGAGAUUCACUUGAAGACGAUGCCAGCCUCAACAUAUCGGCUCUUAACAGGACAGGAGCAGCCAGUGUUUCUUUGAGGACUUCCUGCUGCAUCAAGGACUAAAAUACUGCACAGUGUUCAAGCUACAUGAACUUUUGCCAAACUCAGAAAAUAUUAUGCAAUUGAUCGUACAGCACAUCAAAAGCUGUUGUCAUGCCACUGAAUACAACAAACUAGUCUAGCUAUAUAUUUUUAAGAUGUAAAGUCCAUUUGAAUAUUGUAAAAACAUAUUUUAAAGUGACAGGGAUAGACGUUAGCUCGCAAUUUAUAUUUAUCAGAUAUUUAACAAUGCUGGCUGUAGCUGAGAUGCAAAUAUGCAUACACACAAUAUUUUUUUGACUUCACUAACUUACAUGGUGGUGAACGAUGUUCAGUACUUAUGUGAGUCUUCCAGCCUGGUGUGCCUGAGGUAGAUGUGCUUGCAGGGGAAACUUAACUCAAUCAGCACAGAGGGUCAUUUUAUUUCAUUGUGACGUACUUCCAGUCCCUCACAUACGUAGACUUAUCAACAAGUGUCUGUUCUGGUUCAUUAAUGCAAUGCUUCCCUGACCAUGCCUGACAGGAAGCAGAUAUCAUGCACAAUUGAUGAUAACUGCCUUAUUUGAUAGAGAGAUGCUUAUAUUUUUAAGAAUUUGCUGUUUUGGAUGUUCAUUAAAAUGAUCUGUAAGA